AUGCAGAGGAAGAGUAGCUCCACUGGGCUCCUCAUCACUGCUCUGUCUGUAGUAGUCUCUGGUCUUACCAAACAGUUCUACUAUGUGGAUAAACAACUGACCUGGCAAGGAGCUCAGCAGUACUGCAGAGAGAAAUACAUUGACCUGGCCUUCAUCACCGACCAGGAGGAAGCAGAGCUGUUCUCCAACGUCUUAACUUCUGAAUUCAACUGGAUUGGUUUGACUUGGAUCGGUCUGUACAGAGAGACCAAUGACUCAACAGAGUGGAAGUGGUCUGGAGGGUGGAACUCAACAUUCAGGUUCUGGAGUAAAGGCCUGCCAAACCAUCUUAUUGUCAACCAGGACUGUGUCGGUGUGAUAACGGGUGAGAUGGCUGACAGCUUGUGCCAACAAAGAAACCCUUUCUGGUGCUUUGAUGUGAACGUGGUCCUGGUUCAGAAAAACAAGACGUGGGAGGAGGCUCUGGAGCACUGCAGGAAACACUACACUGACCUCACCAGCCUGCUGUCUGAGAAUGAGCAGCUCCUCGUCCAGAGAAUUAUGAAUUCAAAGGGGGUCCAGACGGACCAUGUGUGGACCGGUCUACGCUUUUUCAGUGGUUUCUGGUUGUGGGUGAAUGGAGACCCCCUGGAGUACGAGGCCUGGACCGGGGGGAGGCUGCCCCACUGCCCCGCCCAACACCUCCGCUGUGGGACCCUGCCCAGAGAGGGAGAGCUUUGGGGAAUCAAGGACUCUGGGGACCUGUCUGCCCAGUACGAUCAGUACUCCCCAACGGAGGUUCUACUGAGGCCAGGGGUCAGCCAUGGUGCCCGGACCAAGGUGGACCACACCCCCGUCCACAUGGCUGCUCCAGGUACAGCCUCCCUCUACAUGGCUGCUCCAGGUACAGCCUCCCUCCACAUGGCUGCUCCAGCAGGGACAGGCAUCGUAGAGGUCCUGCUCCAGCCAGGUAAGGAGAUGGUGGAUUACAUCACUAGGUACCUGACCACCAUCAGAGAGAGGAAGGUGACCCCAGGCCCAGAGGUGAAGCCUGGCUAUAUGAGAGAGCUGCUGCCAGACAGCGCCCCCACUGACCCGGAGGACUGGGACUGUAUCUUCAGGGACAUAGAGAAGGUCAUCAUGCCUGGGGUGGUCCACUGGCAGAGCCCCUACAUGCAUGCGUACUAUCCAGCCUUGACCUCCUGGCCCUCCAUGUUAGGAGACAUGUUGGCUGACGCCAUCAACAACAUCGGAUUCACCUGGGCCUCCAGCCCGGCGUGUACAGAGCUGGAGAUGAACGUGAUGGAUUGGUUGUGUAAAGCUCUUGGUCUCCCCACAUUCUUCCUCCAUCACCACCCAGAAAGCACCGGGGGAGGAAUACUGCAGAGCACAGUGAGUGAGAGUAGUCUGGUAGCUCUGCUAGCUGCCAGGAAGCACAGGAUCCAGCAGCUGAAGAGGACAGAUCCAGCAGACAGAGACCUGGACGACUCAGUGGUCAACUCAAGACUGGUGGCCUACGCAUCAGACCAGGCUCACUCCUCAGUGGAGAAGGCAGGUCUGAUCUCCCUGGUGAAGAUCAGGUUCCUCCCUCCAGACGACCACUUCUCCCUGAGAGGAGACACUCUGAAACAGGCCAUCCAGGAGGACAGAAGGAGAGGACUGGUACCUGUCAUGCUGUGUGCCACUCUGGGGACCACGGGGGUGUGUGCCUUCGACGACCUGUCAGAGCUGGGACCAGUGUGUGCAGAGGAAGGUCUGUGGCUGCAUGUGGAUGCAGCGUACGCAGGCUCAGCGUUUCUCUGCCCUGAGCUGAGAGGACCUCUGGGGGGUAUAGAGUACGCUGACUCCUUCGCGUUCAACCCCUCCAAAUGGAUGAUGGUCCACUUCGACUGCACUGCCUUCUGGGUGAAGGACAAGUACAAGCUCCAACAAACCUUCAGUGUCGACCCGGUCUACCUCAGACACGAAAACUCAGACCAAGCCACCGACUUCAUGCAUUGGCAGAUCCCCCUGAGUCGACGGUUCCGCUCCCUGAAGCUGUGGUUUGUGAUGCGCUGCUUCGGCCUGAAGAACCUCCAGGGACACAUCAGACACGGUGUAGAGAUGGCUAAGCUACUGGAGUCCCUGGUUAGAUGUGACCCUAACUUUGACAUGCCUGCUGAUAGACACCUUGGCUUGGUGGUCUUCUGUCUCAAGGAAGGGAAUGCUCUGACUCAGGAGUUGCUACGGCGACUGACGCGGUCCCGCACCAUGUACCUUGUCCCCGCCGACAUCGAUGGGAAACGCAUCAUCCGCUUCACCGUGACGUCACAGCUGACCACCUCUGAUGACAUCAUCAGGGACUGGGACAUCAUUCGCAAAAUGGCCGCCGACCUUCUGGCCGAGGAGGCCGAAAAACAGGCGGUCAGUAAAAUGGAGGAGCAGCAGUCUCCAGUCAGGAAAACUGUUGGGGAGCUGUCAGAGACAAACCGUGAUUUGGGGAAUCACACAACAACAGCAGCAGAGGGCUUGGCUGCCUCUCUCAUGACUAGGAAACCAAAGGAGAUUGAAAAGGCCAUCAGUGACACAGAGGACGAACCACUGAAAACACCCAAAGAGUUGGAGACCGGCCAGACACAGACCUGCCCCAAGACAGGAUCCAAAGAGCUAGAGGUCGGCCCGACACAGACCAGUCCCAAGACAGGAUCCAAAGAGCUUGAGGUCGGCCCGACACAGACCAGUCCCAAGACAGGAUCCAAAGAGCUUGAGGUCGGCCCGACACAGACCAGUCCCAAGACAGGAUCCAAAGAGCUAGAGGCCGACCCGACACAGACCAGCCCCAAGAAGGGACCCAUAGAGCUUGGGACCAGCCUGGCCCAGACCAGCCAGGACCCAGAGACAGGAGCCAGAGACGGCCCUGAGGAGAUCCCCUGUACUGCUGCCUUCAGAGUUCAGAGGGUCCAACCACAGCUCCGCUUGGACAGUGAUAAGACUGGAUUUAGACCACAACCACCAUUCUGGAUGGAUAAAGAAAAGUCUGGGUCUGAGAACAGGCCGAGGAGAACAGUACGCUCUCUGAGCUGCAGCAGUGAGCCCUUACCUGGCCCCAUUGGGCCCCCGUUUGGUCAUAACACUGACCCCCUUUCUAAGCCUCUCUCUAGCUCUGUCACGGACUCACAGCCUGGACAUAAAGACCCAGACCUCAUCCACCCCCUAAAUGACACCCAGCUCAGACGUCUCUCUUCCAGCCCAAGCCCCUCAGGCCUCUUUCAGAUCCCAGAGUGGCCUUCUCCAACCAAUUCCAACCAGCUGGGAAAACGGGUCCUGAGGAAGCUCACCAAGUUCUACAGCUUGCCCAGUUUCUGCCACCUGUGGGUGCAGUGUGGGCGCUACCAGGUGUGCUGCCCUGUCAGGGGACUUCAGAUCGCCCCAAAGCUCAGAUCUCCCCAAAACCCUGGUCCUCCUCUGGGUGUAGGAGACUCCGCUGUUGGUCUUGUUCCUCUGUGACUCCAGUAGAUACCGCUAACUUUCCUGCUCUACUGUAGCCAAGGUUAGCUCCUGGGUCGUAUUCAUUAGGCACAACGUAGCAAAAAUGUUUUGCAAUGGAAAAUGAAAAUGUAUGUUUCUUAUUGUACAAGACCACCUUGGUCCAAUCCAUUUUCUUCCAUUUGGUGCCUGAUGCAUACGACCCUGUAGUCUCCCUACCAAAUGUUUCCCACAAACACCUUUGUGGUUUCAGGGUGUAGAGAUGGCUGAGCUCUUUCAUUUAUUUUAGAUUUUUUUUAUCAGAUAUCAUUUU